AUGUCCAUAUCAAUCCUCGUCAUGAUGGAAGGAUUAUCAGCAUUUCUUCACGCACUUCGACUCCACUGGGUGGAGUUUCAGUCCAAAUUCUACCAAGGGUCCGGCCACGCCUUCAAACCGUACUCUUUACAAGAAUGUCUGGAAACGGCGCAACAUCUAUCAGAGGUUACCGACGAAUUAGCACAGUUUGAAAUCGAUGAAGAUGAAGAUUAG